GUAUCAUGGAACAGCUGCCCUAUCUCAAGGAGAUUGGCAUCACAGCCACCUGGCUUUCACCCAUUUUCAAAUCUCCCAUGGCCGACUUUGGUUAUGAUAUUGCGAACUUCUUCGAAAUCGAUCCAUUGUUUGGAACCAUGGAGGAUUUUGAAAAUCUCAUGAAGGAGGCCAAUCGCCUGGGCAUUAAAAUCAUUUUGGAUUUUGUACCCAAUCACACGAGCGAUGAAUGUGAAUGGUUUCAGAAAUCGGUGAAGCGGGAUCCCUAUUACAAAGAUUUUUAUGUGUGGCACCCAGGGAAAAUCAUAAAUGGCACACGUCAGCCACCCUCCAAUUGGGUCAGUGUUUUCAGGGGCUCCGCCUGGGAAUGGAAUGAGCAAAGACAGGAAUAUUAUCUGCAUCAAUUUGUCAAGAAGCAACCGGAUCUGAAUUAUCGCAAUCCUCUUGUAAGGUCAACAAUGAAAUUGGUGCUGGAAUAUUGGCUGGCUAAGGGUGUGGCGGGCUUUCGUGUUGAUGCUGUACCACACACCAUUGAAAAGGCCCCUGAUGCAGCGGGUAAUUGGCCGGAUGAACCGCGGAAUCCCUAUGUCAAUGAUCCCGAUGAUUAUGGUUAUUUGCAGCAUAUCUACACAGUUAAUCAACCGGAGACAAUUGAUUUGGUUUAUGAAUUCCGCAAGGUAUUGGAUGAUUUUCGGGCAGAGCAUGGCGGAGAUGAACGCAUUUUGAUGACUGAAAGUUAUUCACCUUUGCCCAUUGUAAUGCAAUAUUAUGGUAAUGCCACCACGGAGGGGGCUCAGAUACCAUUUAAUUUUUUGAUAAUUGAAGAGCUGGGUAAUAAUUCGAAUGCCUUUAAUUAUGCGGAUACCAUUAAUAAGUGGUUGGGAAAUAUGCCCGCGGGAAGGACAGCCAAUUGGGUGCUUGGCAACCAUGACAAAAGUCGCAUUGGUUCCCGCUUGGGCGCCGAUCGCAUCGACAUGAUGAACAUGUUGACCUUUACCCUGCCCGGUUGCAGUGUCACCUAUAACGGCGAGGAGAUUGGUAUGACCGAUGUUUGGAUAUCAUGGAAUGAUACUGUAGAUCCAUCAGCCUGUAAUUCAAAUCCCGAUAUUUAUGAGUCCCUCUCCCGUGAUCCCGAGCGUACACCCUUCCAAUGGAAUGAUGGUCAUAUGGCAGGAUUUUCAAAGGCCAACAAGACCUGGUUGCCGAUAUCGCCACUCUACAAGGAAAUCAAUGUGGAAAAGGAACGUGCGGACCCACUCAGUCAUUUGAAUAUUUUCAAGGCCUUGCAGGAGUUGCGUAAGGAGCCGACAAUGAAAUAUGGUCAGACAGAGGUGAAGGCUUUGAAACAAAAUGUUUUGGGAGUUAAGAGAUUCCUUUUGAAGGACUACACCUUUGUCACCCUCUUGAAUAUUUUCAAUGAGGUUGAAAGCUUUAAUUUACAGCAGGCCUUCUUAAAUAUUCCCGAUGAAAUGGUAUAUCACAUUGUAACCAAGAAAUCCAAGGCCAAGAAGGGUGACCGAGUCAAAACCUCCUCCAUAACUUUGCAACCCAAGGAGGCGGUAAUUUUGAAAUCCACCAGCAAAUUGACCACCACAGCCGGUUAUUACCUCUACUAUACCCAUGAAGAAGAACAAGAACCUCAACAUUAA